GGUCCCGAACACGUGGUGAGGUAAGCGCGAAGAAUGACUGAUCAUCUAGCAUCUACCCGCCCGCAGCAGCUUUGGGUCUCGUUACGCACUCUACUACGAAAGGCGCCACUAGUCUCCACUUGGGCAUCCUCUUCCUGGCAAACAUCACGGGUUUCCGGGGUUGGUUGCGACUGCCUAGGAGUGUGGCUGCAGGCCAAGCCACUAGCGUCCGCUACUUAAACCACAGUCCCCGCUCUCUCGACUUGAUCAUCUUCCCAACUUAUGAAUCGCGUCGACGAGUACUUCCGCUCUUUCACCUCCAAGCAUCACACCAAUGGCCGAGACGUGUAUAGUCUGCCUCGGCGAUCUCGUCCCCCUCGACGACGGCCCUACCGCCACCGCAUCAUCGCUAGCGACCAAGCCGUUUGAGGAUGGCGCUGAUGUCGACCCCCAAUCACAUGCCAAGGAUAAGAUGGCGGCCGUAGAGUCUACCAAGGAGGACGAUCUGGUCGCACAUUUACUACCAUGCGGCCACGAUCUGCACAACGAGUGCCUCAAGCCCUGGGUCGAACGAGCGAACAGUUGCCCAAUAUGUCGAGCCAGCUUCAACAUGGUCGAGCUCAGCGCGCGCGUUGGAGGACCCAAACUAUCCGAGUACACCGUGCAAGACAAGCAGCAAGUCGCCGAUAUCGAUCCGUCCAUGAUCAUCGACGACGACUACACACUGGAGGAUGACGGAAGUUAUGAUGCAUGCAUGGUCUGUGAUGAGUUCGGUGACGCGUCGCAGCUCAUGUACUGCCAUAGCUGCGAACAACUGUGCCACGUCUUCUGUGCUGGACUCGACCGGAUGCCAUCUCGCGGGCCCUGGUAUUGCCAGGGCUGUGUUGAGAAUCCUGGUCUGCUGGAAGCCGCGUCCCGACGACGACCUGCAGUACGAGGUCCCGCUGCCUGGAUCAACGGCCGGAGCCGUGUGCCGCGUCACAAUCAUGCCCCUGACGAAUGGGUGGGCGUCUGGCAAAGCGUCUGGGACCGAUUACAGUUUGACAUUGAGUUCCCAUUUGACGAGGAAGAACAGUCUGAGAACCAGUCAGAUGUCACGCGACGCGACGACCGUAGAUGGGAGCAGCGCAUGCGAGUCGCACGGCAGGCCGGCGCCGGCGCUCGCUUCCAAAUCGCCACUGACAAUGUUGUAACCGGUCGACGCCGCAACUCCAACGUCGCUACACGAUCCACAAAUCGAGCGCUCCAUCGCGAGCCACCAAAGACACCAAAAGAUCCAGAGUCACAGGAAGAACUGCGGGCAUGGAACCAAUUUGAGAAGGCGCGCGAACAGCUAGCCCAGGGUGACGCACGUCCUGCCCCCAGCGUAGCGAGCACCAGUAGCCGAAGAGGACGCAAACGCAAGUCCAUCGACUCCUCCCCUGCCGAAACUGAGCCUCGCGAGCAGAAGCCAGAACGCAAGCUCAAGCGCCCUCGAACCCGUAUGCACUUGGACAACGGAGAGUCAUCGUCGGCAGCCGCACGCCGCAACACGGUGGCUAGCACGCACGCUCCUGCAGCUGCAUCAUCGCCACCUGCAGUUCCAACCGGUGAGAGUUCAACCCCCGCGCCUGGUUUUCUGCAGUCGCUGCUUCAGGAGGUUGAGGUCGACCGAUUUGCCGAGCGCGACAAGGAGAUCGCCGCCCCACAGCCCCGGCGCAUCAUCGUGGAGCGCGCUUGUUCUCCCCAACAUUCCUCCCCAGGUCUGUCGCCGGUCUACCAGAAACCUCCCGGAAUGUCCACACCACCGCCUCUUAAUCUUACUCGCACCACAUCACCUGUACAACAGGACCAGCAACUGUCGCCAACCUACUCGCCGUAUUCCCCUGCAGAUGACGACCGUCCCGGACGUCGCACACUCGCGCAUCGCUCUGUCGGCCUCAGCAGUCCCCCUCGCUCCAAGGACUCGUCGCCUAGCCGGCCGACCCUCUCGUAUUCUACCAAAGCUGAACUGCAGCGCAUGGUCACAGCUGUUUUGAAACCCAUAUACCUGAAGAAAGAAGUCACGAAACAGGAAUAUACCGACGUCAAUCGCGACGUAUCACGUUUGUUAUACGAAAAGGUUGGUGAAGCUGGUGCUCAUGCAUUGGCGGAUCAAGACACGCGGGAGAAAUGGCAGAAGAUGGCGACCACUGAAGUUGACGUUGCGCUGAAAGCCCUUCGUGCUGGUGGAGCCUCGCUUUCGCCCUCUGCUGAGGAUUCUGCAUCAUCGUCCUCAUAAGGGAACUACAAGGGACGGACCAUUCAGGCGUACGGGUUAUUGGGAGGAACAGAUAUAUGAUACCACGGAUCUCUUUGGGCCUGCAUUUAUGGAGUUGUCGGUAGCGCUUAGUUAUUAUAGUAAUCGUAUCUGCGACGUAAUCCAGGAAUCUUCAGCCGGAGUUCGGCUUUUACGAUCAUCGAAAA